AGUUACACACACACACACAUAAGAGACACGCGUACAUUUACAACAAAAGCCACACGGAUUAAAAAUGGCUUCUUGCCUGGUGCCCGACUUCCCGGCGGUUAUGGUCGCUCUCGAGCAUUUAAAGGAACUGGACAAGCAGCUGAAGGAGGAGGGAAGCGCAUUCUCACCUGAAGCCAGCCUCCACCUGUCAGAAAUAACUGCUGCCAUCACUGAGCUGGAAGCCGAGCGGCAUGCCGCUCAUGAACAUUUAGAAGUGGAAACCAUAGAAAACAGCAAGCUAAGGCACCAAAUCAACAAUAUAAGAGAAAAAAUGAGCCAGGAAAUUAUGGCUGACGUAGUAGCAGCCCGGGCCUCAAAUGCAGAGGAGAUAGAGAUGCUUCAGAAAGACCUCCAUGCAGUUUCUCAGCUCCAAGAAGCCACAGUGAAGAGGCAGGAAGCCCUCUUGAGCCAGAACGAAGCGCUGUACCCAGAGCGAGAGCAGGUGAAGGCUGAACACGAGGAGAUCAUUGGCGCUCAGAAUGAUCAAAUCGCCUUGAAGUAUAGCUUGCAGAUGCAUUUGGAUCAGACACAAAAUCAGAUAGAGGAGCUCAAGUUCUGCAUCGCUGCUAUUGGACAGGACAAGAUCAUGCUGGAGCAAAAGAUGGUGCUGGAGAGAGAGGCUUUCGCUGUGAAAAACGACAGCCUUUUCAGAGAGGUGGACCAGGCCGAGGAGAAAAUCAAGGAGCAGAAGCUAGUGAACAGGAGAAGCAGAAUAGAGUUGGACAGACUUAAUGAGAAGAAACAAGAGACCCAUAACCAACUGGGUGAGCUCACGAUUGACCUGGAAAAGCUGGAGGGCAAAAUACAGAGACUGGCAGAAGAUCUGCGCCCAUGCGAGAAACAGCGGCAGGGGGAGACCCAAAAGCAUCAAGAAUUGAGGCAACAGAGAGAAGCGCUGAAGAAGGAGUUGCACGAGUUAGAGGAAGCCUUUAGAGUUGCCAUCCAGCGUCUUAAAGAAGAAAUUGCCACAGUGGACGAUAAAAUAGAGGAGAGUCGAGCGGCCAGAUUGCUCUGUCAAGAUUCCCUGGCUAAAAUCUAUAAGAUAUUUAAGCAGCAGCACGACGAAGAGAGCGAAGUGAAGGCAGAGCAUUUCCACGUCUCGCAGCAGCUGCAACAAUCCAAGCUACAGCUGGAGGAGAGCAUUUCCUCCAUAGUCAGACACAGCAAGGAGAUCAAAGAGAUGGACAAGCAGAUCGGAGAACUCCUGCAAGCCGAAAUCAUCACUAAACGUGUUUUGGAGAGGAAUCAGGAAAAGUUGUGCGACAACAUGGAUGCUGAGAAGAGGAACAUCUGCCAUUUCGAGGCAGAGAAGAAGCGGCUGACGAUGCUUUUGGAGGAAGGGAAAAGGAAGCAGGAGGAGCACGUGGCGAAGAUGAGCUCCGAUAUCAUAAACACCGAGACCAGAUACCAGGAUCUGCGGCGAGAGGAGGCUGCCCUCCGAAAGAGUCAGCCCAAGUGCGAAAACGCAGAGUUGCUGAUGAGCCACAUGGCCCAGUGUGAGGUGGAGUACAGACAAAAAGAGACCCAACUGCGGGAGGAAAUUGAGCAGUGUGUUGCAGAAACCGAGAGCAUCAUGAGGAGCCACAUGGAGAAGCAGAGGGAGGCGGAGGAGCAAGAGGAAAUCCUGAAGGAGGUGGAAGCAAAUUGGAUCGAAGAGAAAUCCAGACACCAGGGACUCAAAACGCUCACCUCGGAGCUGAAGAGGAAGAAGAGAGACCUGGAGCUGUCCAUUCAGGGACUGAAAGAGAAAACCGACUCGCUGCUUCAGCCCAAAGACCAAACCAAGGCGGAGCUGGAUGAGAUGCGAAGGAGUUACAUGGACGUGCUCCGCCAGCAGGCGUCGGAGCUGAGAGCUGUAGAGAUGAGCAUCUAUGACAGCAGCGUGAAAAUGGAGCAGGUCCGCAUGGAGAACAGCAGGCUGCAUCUCUGUAUCCGACAGAUGACCGAGGAUGUCGGCGCCGCCAGGGAGAACAAAGAGCGGUACUGGCUGGAGGUUCACCAGCUCAGGCAGGACAUAAGGGCCUUGUUUGAGAGCUUACAGGAAGCAUGGCGAGAUGAUUUAACGGUAACCCAGGAGCGCCAGAACAGCGAUGGUGUUCUGUUGGCGUCGAUGAGUGCCACGUUGAACCACCUGAAGACUCGGAGACAACAGUUAGGAAACAUCGGCACACUCCUCCACCAACAAAUGUUGGACUUCAGCAGAAGACUGGGGGAUAAAACGACUGUAGAACAGCAGAGUUGAGUUGACCUGGAGUGUCUAUGAAUGCAGAUAAACUGCAUGGAAUAAUCAAAGUUGAUUAGCUUGUAAUCAGACAUUUUAAUAAAGCUCACAGCAACAAGG